AUGACUACGCCAAACCAGAGGGUGACGGCUUACCUGGUCUACCUGGUAUUUAUUGUUACUUUAGGUCCACUUCAGUUUGGCUAUCAUUUGGCAGAGCUCAAUGCCCCUCAAGCAGUCAUUACAUGCAAACACAAAGGAAGUCAUUCCGCGGACAUCAGCUUCCAUGGUCUCCCACAAUGUCUUCCCAUGAACCCAUCCCAAUUUGGUCUCGUCUCCUCGAUCUACACCCUUGGUGGCUUGCUGGGAGCUCUACUAGCAGGGCCCGUCGCAACCAAGUACGGACGCCUCCUUGCUCUACGAGCGACCACUGGGUUUUUUAUCCUCGGGCCUGUGGCAGAAACACUUUCGCCCAAUAUACCACUUUUGAUCCUCGGUAGAUUCCUCUCUGGAGUCGGAUCCGGAGCCGCUAUCGUUGUGGGUCCCAUCUACGUCUCCGAAGUCGCCCCUCCCAACGCUCGCGGCUUUUUCGGUGCUUUCACUCAGGUUAUGACCAAUGUCGGCAUCCUCCUUACACAAACACUGGGCUAUUUUUGGAGCAAUGCGAGUCUAUGGAGAUUGAUCCUCGCUGUGGCUGGAAUGAUAGGCGCCCUGGAGCUGUCAGGGUUGUUCUUGGUGCCAGAGAGCCCUUCAUGGCUUGCGGAACAUGAUAAGCUCGGUCAGGCGCGCCGGGUGUUACAGCGGAUUCGUGGUCGCGGUGUCGAUAUUGAAGCAGAGAUCGCUAGCUGGAAGGUAUCGGCUGCAUCUGGCGAGGAGGAAGCAUUGCUCGCCCCAUCGGAUGACAGCACCCCCAAAAAGCCCGCGGUCACCUUUAUGCAGGUUGUUCGGGAUCCGUAUUAUCGUCCAGCUCUGAUCGCCGUGGUUGGAGCGAUGAUUGCUCAACAGCUCACCGGUAUGAACAGCAUUGUCAUGUACAGUGUGUCUUUGCUACAGAGUAUUCUUCCUACGACGGCCGCCUUACUAACCGUGAUGAUCUCCGCCAUUAAUCUUGUCGUCACACUCCUGUGUUCCCCGCUCCCGGAUCGCAUCGGCCGGAAGACAUGUCUCCUGCUGAGCAUUAGCGGCAUGGGAUGUAGCUCCAUCCUCCUCGCAAUCAGCAUCUACAUGAAUGGAAAAAUUCUGACAGCAUUUGCGGCGUUGCUGUUCGUGUCCAGUUUUGCUAUUGGACUAGGCCCUGUUCCCUUCAUCCUUGCCUCGGAACUUGUUGGACCAGAGGCCGUGGGCGCCGUGCAAAGCUGGGCCUUAGGUGCCAACUGGGCGGCGACCUUUGUGGUCGCACAAUUCUUCCCCAUCCUCAACGAUGCCCUUGGGGGCCGUGGCAAGGUUUACUGGGUGUUUGCGGCCAUGGCUGGCCUUUUUGGUCUUUUCAUCUAUCAGUACGUGCCGGAAACAAAAGGCAAGGCAAAUGCCGAUGAGGUAUGGGGAAGGACAAAUCGUCGACAGGAUUAG